AUGGCCGCCAAAAUCACGCUCAAGCUGAGCAACCGCUCACCGAAGCAACCAAUCAAGAAGCUCCCCGAAUCGAUCGAGGUCUCCGCCGAUACUACAGUCGAGGAGAUUAAGCAUGUGGUUGCUCGCCAGGCCGGCAUCAGCGACUUCAAUCGCAUCGGCCUGUUCGAUCCUUCUACCCAGAAGACGCUGAAGAACCGCAAGGCGCCGAUCAGCUCUGAGCCGGCUGUUAUGUCCGCCGGACAGGUGUUGGUCAAGGACCUCGGCCCCCAAAUGGCAUGGAGCACCGUCUUCGUGAUUGAGUACCUCGGUCCCAUCCUUAUCCACCUCGCUUUCUCUGGCCUGCGCCCUUACAUCUACUGGGGCCCAGGCGCCAAGAAGCCCAUGUCGCCGACCCAGCUUCUUACCCUCGCCAUGUUCCUCGGUCACUUCCUCAAGCGCGAGUAUGAGACGCUCUUCGUCCACAAGUUCUCGGCCAACACGAUGCCCAUGCGCAACAUCUUCAAGAACUCGUUUUUCUACUGGGCCUUCGCCGGCCUUCUCAGCGCCUGGCACGUCUAUUCGCCUAGCUCGCCCACGGCCCUCGCCCGCAACGAUGCCGUUGACGUUCUUGGCACCAUCAUCUUCCUUUUCGGCGAAGCCUCCAAUGCCAUCGUCCAUCUCAACCUGGCCAGCCUGCGCUCCCGCGGCGGCACCGAACGUCAGAUUCCCCGCGGUUAUGGUUUCUCCCUCGUUACUUGCCCCAACUACAUGUUCGAGAUCAUCGCGUGGAUUGGCAUUAUCAUCACGAGUCGCAGCUGGGCUGUCGCACUUUUCAUCACUAUCGGCGCUGCCCAGAUGGCUCAGUGGGCCAAAGGCAAGGAGCGCGCCUACCGCAAGGAGUUUCCUGAGACCUACAAGAAGAAGAAGUUUGUCCUGCUGCCCGGCAUCUUCUAG